UCGACAUGCCGCUUGCCAAGAUCAAAACAAACCGGCGUGACGGUGGUAGGAAGCAUUCAUUUAUGAAGUAAAAGAGUAUCAGAUAUAGAAAGUAUAGUUAAAAUUGGCUAGGUGAAGAAGGUACUAAUCAGCAUGUCUGAUCACUUAAAAGUGACGGAUGACCGCCUCUCUGUUGAAGAAAUAACUGAGAUUGUGACUUCCCCUUCAUCUGGAGCAGUAUCUGUUUUCAUAGGGACAACACGAGAUAACUUUAAUGGCAAAAAAGUAAACAGGCUGGAAUAUGAAGCUUACAUUCCAAUGGCAGAGUCUGAAAUGAAGAAGAUCUGCAAACAGAUCAGAGAGAAAUGGCCAGAAGUUGAGAACAUAGGAAUGCAUCAUAGACUAGGUUAUGUUCCAAUAAAAGAUGCCAGUGUGAUAAUAGCAGUGUCUUCACCACAUAGGAAAGAUGCUAUAGAGGCAACACAGUUUGGGAUAGAUACAUUCAAAGCAACAGUUCCCAUUUGGAAAAAGGAAUAUUAUGAAGAUGACUCCUCCGUUUGGAAAGAAAACAAGGAAUGCUGCUUUGCUUCAAAUCAGUCUUGACACAAACUUCCGGCAUGCAUCUUGACUGUCAAUCUGGAAAUCAUCAUUUGAAUGAUUCAGGUGUCAUCUUAUAAAACAAGAACACUAUGUUUUGAAGGACAUUUUAGACAUAAUAAAGUGUUAAAAAAAUGGAUAAAUAAAAUAAUAAUGAACAAACUCUUGGGAAAUAAUGUAAUUGCACGUUUUUCUGUGUAAUGUGUAAGGGAAAAUUACUUUAUGAGGUAAUAAGUACAAUUUUUAAGUUGAAAAUAGUAAGUUGGAAUAAGUGCUAAGUAAUGGGUCAAUCAACAAAUACAGGUCUUAUUGUUUGGAUAUUACUUAUAAAUGUAUAUAAAUCUGCCUUCGAGAAUUAUUUUAUUUUUCCUGCAAAAAAUUACAAGUUUGCCAGUGGUAAUUUGAUGCAACUUUAUUGGCAUCAUGCUGUCUACUACAAUUGCAGACAUCAGUUGUCUCAAAACCAAACAAUUACUCAAAAUGUGUGACCACUUCUCUUCACUUGGCUUAACCAAAGUGAGUAUAAAUAUGCUUUCUUCAUUUUCACUUUAAAUAGGGGAGUUCUUUACAAGUUUAUAAUAUAUUAAGGAGUAAGGUGAGGCUAUUUAAAAGAAAUCACAUUUUACAACAAUCCCUUCUAGUCAUUUUGAUAACCAGUAAGAAAAAUAUAAUUUUAAAUAGUUUUGUAUUCUUAAUACCAUAUAAUAAAACUUAAAAAAUCAA